UUUGUUGGCAACAACCUUUCACAACACGGCCAACAGAAAGACACAGCAACGAAGGUGGUGGAUCCAACACUGCCAAACGUUGAACCCACAGUCUGGUUCUUUCUCUCUCAUCAACCGAUCAACCACCCAAUACCCAUCAUGUAAACCUUUUUUUUUCUCUUCUGAUCAAAACCAACACCACCCUCUCAACCCAUUCAAAGCCUUUUCCAUCUUUCUCUCUCUAUUCUGUUUUCUCGCGUGAGAAGGGUUGUUGGGGUUGUGGAGGAGGAUGCAAGCCAAUUAAUUAAUCUUGCAUUGCAGCCACCACUUUGGUGUUGGUGUUUCUCUAAUUCAUUCAGGGUUGAAAUUGAGAAGGGACUUGGAAAUGGUGGUGAUUGAUGAAAAGAACCGUGUGAUUAGGAGGGAUAUGGUGGAGCUUUCACAACAUGAUCAAUCUGUAACUGUGGCAUAUUAUGGGGAGGAGUUGCAUGGGGGCGUGCCUCUACCCCGCUUCUCUAGAAUGUCUCCUUUAAACACGGAUAGACAAAACAAGGGAAUGGAGAAUAAAUACAAGCUCUUGAACAGUCCGGUAAAGCAAGCAACGCCUGCUGAAGCUCAGAAGUUUGCAAGUUCCAUUAAGGUCGCAACAGAAGGAACAUCCUCUCGUGGUCAGGCAAUGUCAUCUGCUGUUCUUCAAGCAGAGGAAGUCCAAUCAAAUUUGGAAAGAGAAUUCCCUAGUUUUGUGAAGUCUUUAGUUAGAUCACACGUUGCUAGUUGUUUUUGGAUGGGGCUGCCUGUGUCAUUCUGUAAAAGACACUUACCGGAUAAGGAUACAACAUUCAUUUUGGAAGAUGAAUCUGGUAAAGAAUACAUGACAAAAUACAUUGCAUGUAAGACAGGAUUGAGUGCUGGAUGGAGACAGUUUUCUGCUGUGCACAAAUUGCAUGAGGGUGAUGUGGUUGUCUUCCAAUUAGUGGAACCUACCAAAUUUAAGGUUUACAUAAUAAGAGCUAAUAAUACGAGGGAACUAGAUGGAGCCUUUCUGAGUCUUGAUAGUUGCAUAAAACAAAAAAUGGGAGGCAAUGAUAAUGCAGAUAGUGAUGAUGUGGCAUGUAAUAACUCAAAGAGAAAACAUGGUAAAUCUGUCCAACAAGAUGUCCAAACGAAAAAGAAGGCCAGCGCGUCAAGAUUGAGACCUAAGGCAAGGCCAUCAGUCGAACAAUCUGAAAAUGAUAGUGAGGAAGCUCUCUCAGAAGUUAUGGAGGGCUUUAAAAUGCUCGAGUUCAAUGAUGUGAAAGGUUUUGAAAAUUUCAGCAUCAUAGUUGAUGGAGUACCAAUAGAUGCUGAAUUCUCUACCGAGGUUCGAAACAAGUACUACAGGCUCUGCUGCAGUCAGCAUGCCUUUCUUCAUGAAAAUCUCAUUAAGGGCAUGAACUAUAAGCUGAUUGCUGGAAUUAUAUUGGAAACUGUCAACAUUGCUGAUGCAAUAGAAGUUAGUGUGAUAUGUACCCCACGUGCAGAAUUUUCUAACUGGGACAAAACUUUGCUUGCCUUUGAGCAUUUAGGCAUGGAUGUUGAAUUUCUAAGAGUCCGAUUACGCCGGCUUGCAAGAAUUGCCUAUGAGAAAGAUGAUGCCUCUGAGACCAAAAAACACUUGGCAUAUAGGAAUGAGUACAGUCGCGCAGACGAUGAAAUAAAGAACAUGGAAGCCAAGCUUGAAGAAUUGAAGGGAGCAUGCAAUGGUUUUGGUGCUUAUCUUGAGAGUUUGAAGUGCAGAGCUGAAAGCAAUCAUAUCAAGUUUCAGAAAGAGGUUGUUGCUCCUUGGUGAAACUUUAUAUGUUUUGCUAGAAAAUGUAUGUAUAUUUAUUUUGCGUGGUCAAAUACAAUUAUUCUGUAACCUUAGACGGAAAAUAUGCCUCAACUAAGAUAUCUAUUGUAGUAUAUGUGCAGUUAUACGAGGGGCAGUUAGCAAAGCCA